UAUCUCUAUUUUUGCAUUCAACAACUGGACUUUGACAAGACUCGUUAUAAAUAAAUAAAUAAUUCUCUUCUGCUAAGUUAUAAAUUUUUAAAUUUUGUACCAAUUUAGUGUAACACUUGUAUAUUUUAGUGUUUAAAAAUGAAGUCUUCAUUUAGUGAUAAUAUUAAAAAAAUUUGUGGUGAUUUAAAGAAUUCUUUAAAAUUAAAAAAAAGAAACAGUGUGCUUUUACCAAAAAAAACCAAUUCAAUUAGUGCAAAACUUCAAAAACAGCUAUUACGGCCAUUAAAGAAAAAAAAUUGUCCUCUAUCUUCAGCUCCAAUGAAAAAUAAUCAAGAACAAAAAAAUAGUUGUGUAGGAACUUUAUUCAAGCCAAUUAAAUGUUCACCAAAGAUUAAUAAAAAUUGCAUCAACUCAAAUAAUGAUGAUGAUUUUGGAGUUGACUGCGCCUCAGAUUCAACAAGUUACAGUUCAGUGUUAUCUUCACCACCAUCAUCAUCAGGCUCGUUUGAUUCUGGAAUUAAUAGAAAAUUCGAAUCAAAUAAUUCACUUAAAAAUGACAUUAACUUACCUCAAGAUAAUCUACCUCAAAAAUUGCCAAUAGAAAGACAAUUUGAAACAACUAGAUGUAAUUUAAAUGACAAAUUUAAAUCUGAUAAUUCACUUGACAACUCAAGACAUAAAUUUUGUUAUUAUGAUUUAAAAUCAAAGCAACAGUCUUCACCAAUUUCUCGAGUACUUGAUGACUAUGACAUUGCUCAUCUUCUUGGGCAGACAGAAUAUUUAUUGUACCUUGAAAAAUCAAAGAAAAAUAACUACAAAUGGAGAAACACUUGGUGAUAA